AUGUAUCUUGCGUGUAAGCGGCUGUAUGGCGAGCGACACCUGCCGCAGACAGCCAUCCGGUGUUUCAUGAUGGAGGAAACACGCGAGACCAUCGAAAAAGCAUUUAUGCACUAUUACCACCGAAGUCUAGCACUUGAAGAAAUACACGGUGUCGAUCUGUCUCAAGGCAAGGGCUUCAUGAGCGUGGUGACUCUCUACGCCCUGAAAUGGGAUUCCGACUACGGUUCAUUGGACGACAUUCCUGAAACGGUCAUCUUAAAGGUGCCAAACCCAGAACUAUUGAAAGAGUUUUUCUGUGAAAUGAUGCGACAGCGUGGUCUUCAGAAAAUGGACUUCGACUUUGACUGGAUUGCUAAAGCUCACGAUAAUGAAUGUGUCGUAUAUUCGUUAUUCGGCCGAGAGCCUCCGGUGCCUGUUCCCAUCUGCUACAAGUUCGAGAAAACAGGAAAAUCAACAAAAGGGAUGCUUAUGUUGCAGAAUAUGAAUCAGACCGGGACCAUGUUGGAAGACCCGUCGGUGCCGUUAAACUUGACUCAAGUUAACAACUUGGUGGACAUAAUAGCGAAGCUUCAAGGGUGGUCGCUGACCAAGAAUACGGCGUGGAGAAAAAAGCUGCCCACUCACCGAGACCAGCUUAAGCCGCUGAUAGAAAUGGACAUUGACCUGAAACGGGAAGCCAUUCAGAUGUCCAGGGAAGUUUUGAAGGCUUUUGGUGUUGAUGUCGACGUAGUGGUGGUCGUGCGAACAAUGUCCGAAAAGUUUUUGGACGAGGAAGAAGAGGAUAAAGGAAAGCACGCGAUGCCGGUCGUGUUUGUUCACGGAGACCUGUGGGUGAACAACAUCGUUUUUAAGACAACCUCUGAAGGGAAAGCGGGAGACGAAAUCGAAGGCAUCUUGGAUUGGCAGCUAUCCCACGUUGGUGCAUGUGUUGAGGACCUGGCCCACUUGACUGUCUGGUGCAUGGCAACGUCGAUGCGCAGAGCAGAGACCGCACAUAUUCUUCAUCGUUUCUGUAACGCAGUCUUUCACGCGACCAAGCAAAAGGUGAAAUUGUCAUUUGAGGAAGUAGAGCAUGCCUUCAAUCACUACUUUGUCCUAGAGACCAUGCUCCUGGUGUUCAAGUGCAGAGGGUUGCUGGAUGAUGACUCAAAUCCGAAUACAAAUCGAGUGGUAAAGAAUCGAAAGGACUUUGGAAAUCGUGUCGCCAGCUGUUACGAAGACGCAGUAAAGAUUUUGAACGGAAAGAUGCAAACAGAAAAAUAA